AUGUCGUAGACAGCCCCUUUUGUUUAAUCCAGAGAGAUACGAUCACUCAAAGCAGGCUCUUCCAGUCCACUCCAUCCGCCAUUGACGUAGUCGGAGAUCUGAGCGAGCCUAAUCCCGAGUGACUCACGCAACGAGCCGAUUCGACUCAGUGAGUAGCUCAGUUUGGCUAUCGAAUCGCAACGGAAAAGAAGCCACACUUUUCCGAAUUAAGGCAAUUAAAAUCGAAAAAAACAAUGGCGGAUCCGGCGAACACGCCACUUGGCCAAAUGCUAUUGGACGAGAUCACUCCGGUUGUGAUGGUGCUCGGCACACCGCUCGUCGAAGAAGCUUGUCUCAAGAAUGGCGUCAACUUCGUUCAAAUGCUCAGCCCCUUUUGCAGCUUCAACAACAUCGACGUACCAGUACGGACAGCUAGUGAUCAAUCUUACAGGCUUCAGAAAUUCAAGUUACGAUUGUUUUAUGCUUCGGAUAUUGGGCAACCAAAUUUGGAGGUAGCAAGAGAGCGGUUGAAACAGGUCAUUACGCAGGCUGGGGAAAAAGAUCUAUCUGAAUUGAGUUCAGAUCAUCCUCUAAUAAAUAAUGAACAUUCUCGCUCUGCUGUUGAAAAUCUACCGUCAUGGUUUCAGGUCUUCAAUAAAGAGCUUGUGCGAAGUGCAUCUUUUUCAGAUCAUGAAGCUUUUGACCAUCCUGUGGCAUGUCUUUUGGUUGUUUCUUCAAAGGAUGAACAGCCUAUCAACAAGUUUGUUGAUCUCUUCAACACCAACAAACUGCCAUCUCUUCUUAAUGAUGGUGCAAUGGACCCGAAGAUUUUAAAGCAUUAUUUAUUGGUUCAUGAUAAUCAAGACGGCACUUCUGAGAAAGCAGCUAGGAUUUUAACUGAGAUGAGGAGCACCUUUGGUUCUGACUGUCAAUUACUUUGCAUAAAUUCCUCUGAAUGUGGUGUGGUUGAACAUCAGGAUAAUCCUUGGGGGCUUUAUAAAUCUGAUGCAUCCCCUGGUCAGAAACUCGGUUGCUUCCUUGAUGUUGAUGAUCUUAAUGAGAUGAAAGAUAUCAUGCAAGAUUUGUCAACAAAACACAUCAUUCCUUACAUGGAGCAGAAGAUACGUCUACUCAAUCAACAGGUUUCUGCAACAAGGAAGGGAUUUAAAAACCAAAUUAAAAACUUGUGGUGGAGAAAAGGCAAAGAUGAAGUUGUAGAAUCGUCCAAUGGUUCGACGUACACCUUCAGUUCCAUUGAAUCUCAGAUUAGAGUAUUGGGUGAUUAUGCCUUCAUGCUGAGAGAUUAUGAACUUGCAUUGUCAAACUAUCGUUUAAUUUCAAUGGAUUACAAGCUUGAUAAAGCGUGGAAGCGCUACGCUGGUGUGCAGGAAAUGACGGGGCUUACAUACUUCAUGCUAGAUCAAUCGAGAAAGGAGGCAGAGUAUUGCAUGGAAAAUGCGUUUAAUACUUAUUUAAAAAUUGGGCCAUCUGGUCAGCAAAACGCAACACGGUGUGGUCUUUGGUGGGUAGAAAUGCUGAAGACAAGAGAUCAGUUUAAAGAGGCUGCCACGGUUUACUUUCGUGUUUGUGGUGAGGAACCACUACAUUCUGCUGUAAUGCUUGAGCAAGCAUCUUAUUGCUACUUGUUGUCCAAGCCACCGAUGUCGCACAAAUAUGGAUUUCAUCUUGUUCUUUCCGGCGAGCGUUACAAAAAAAGUGAUCAGAUUAAACAUGCAAUACGUACAUAUAAAAAUGCCAUUUCAGUUUACAAAGAAACUACAUGGAGCCAUAUUAAGGACCAUGUGCAUUUCAAUAUUGGACAAUGGUAUGCGAAUCUUGGGAAUUAUGACUUGGCUGCCUCUCAUGUAUUGGAGGUUCUGGCCUGUAGUCAUCAGUCCAAGGCAACACAGGACAUAUUUCUUAAGCACUUUCUUCAAAUUGUUCAGAAAACAGGAAAGACGAUUGAAGUUUCGAAACUUCGAUUGCCUGAGAUUAACGUCUCAUCCCUUAAGGUCAUUUUUGAAGAUCAUCGAACAUAUGCAUCACCUACAGCAGCCAGUGUUAAUGAAAGCAUAUGGCGUUCAUUAGAAGAGGACUUGGUUCCAUCACUGACUACUGUCAGGACUAAUUGGCUAGAGAUACACUCAAAGAUUCUCCCCAAAAAGCUUAAAGAUUCAAAUGUUUGUGUUGCUGGAGAAGCAGUGAGGGUUGAUAUUGAAUUAAAAAAUCCUUUGCAAAUUCCCAUAACUGUAUCUAGUGUAUCCCUGAUGUGUGAGCUUUCCACAAGUUCAGAUGAGACAACAUCUGAUGCUAAUAGCCCAGCACAGGAGGUUCAGAACAAUGAUGAAUCUAUUGAGAUAACCAGCAGGGAAACAAGUCGAAAUGAUUCCUCCUUUUCUUUGUCAAAGGUUAACUUUUCAUUAGAAGGAGGUAAAACAAUCAUGGUGCAACUAACGGUUACUCCAACAGUAGAAGGGAUUUUACACAUUGUUGGCAUAAGGUGGAAUCUGUCAGGUGCUGUUGUUGGUUUUCAUAAUUUUGAGUCAUAUCCUAUCAAGAAAAAAAGUUCAAAGGGAAGAAGACGGAGUGCUAGCCGUUCUUCUGAUGACAGCCUGAAGUUUGUGGUGAUCAAGAGUCUACCAAAACUUGAGGGCGUCAUUCGGCCAUUACCCACAAGUGUGUAUGCAGGAGAUGUACAACAACUUGUACUGGAGUUGAGAAAUCAAUCAGAAUCUGCUGUUAAAAACUUGAAGAUGAAGGUCAGUCAUCCAAGAUUUCUGAAUAUUGGGAGUCAGGAAAGUUUGGAUGUGGAAUUUCCUGCUUGCUUGGAAAUGAAGACAAAUUCUGGACAAAGUUCUAUACAACCUAAUCCUGGUAACACGUCUCAACCUGUGUUUCUGUUUCCAGAGGACACAAUUAUCAAAGGGGAAACACCAUUAUUGUGGCCUCUUUGGUUUCGGGCUGCUGUUCCUGGAAAUAUUUCCUUAUACAUAACCAUAUACUAUGAGAUAGAAGAUACAUCAAGCACUAUGAGAUACCGCACCCUUGCCAUGCAUCAUAAUUUGCAGGUAUUGCCAUCCUUAGACAUCGCAUUCCAAGUCAGUCCUUGCCCGUCAAAAUUGCAAGAGUUCCUUGUGCGGAUGGACAUUAUCAACAAAACCAGUGCAGACAGUUUUCAGGUCCAUCAGUUAUCGUCUGUUGGAGAAAACUGGGCAAUCUCCCUGCUUCAGCCUGCUCAUACUGAAUUUCCUUCACAAUGUCUAAUGGCCGGUCAAUCAUUGUCUUGUUUUUUCAUGCUUAAGGAUCAGAGGAAAACAGUGACUUCAGAGGACAAGACAUCUUCUGUUUCCAUUCCUCUUGGAAAUGUUGUCGGAUUGGGUCCUCAGGGUAGCGCUGGACUACUUUUUGAUACAUCAAGCUCUCCACUGGCUGAUUUCCACAAUUGUGAAAGAAUGCACCAGGAAAUUUCACAUCAGAGCCACUCAACAGUUGACUUCAUAUUGAUCUCUCAGCUGCUAAAGGGCGAUCCUCAUUCUGGAAUUCCGGAUCCAUCGCAUCUUUUUUCUCACCAUUCAUGUCAUUGCAGUAUUGCAAGCAGAAGCCCUAUAUCGUGGCACGUAGAUGGGCCUCGAACAUUAUAUCACAACUUCUCUGCAUCCUUUUGUGAAAUUAAACUAAGUAUGACAAUAUACAACUCAUCCAACUCCAUUGCAUCUGUGCGCAUAAGCAAUCACGACUCCAGUGGCAAUUCAAAUGAAUCAACAUCAGCUACAACUUAUGAAAAUCAAGUAGGUUGGCACGAUGUCUCACUAGUUACUGACAUAAAAGUCACAUCUGAUGUCCUUGCAACUCAAUCUGGAAAACCACCAUCUCUUGAAUCUGUUUCUCCAUACAUAUGGUCUGCUGCAAGUUCAACUAGAGUCCGUAUCGAGCCCAUGUCAACGAUCGAUAUUCCCCUUCAGAUUUCUGUAUUUUCAUCGGGGACAUAUGAUAUUUCAAACUAUGAGUUGCAUUGGAAUCUUCUACUGCCCAAUGGUGAAAAAAAUGUUGAUUCUUCAGGUACAUGCCAGGGGUAUCCCUAUUAUCUCACCGUGCUCCAAUCUGCUUGAGGUUCACUUGUUUGUUUUGUUUUGUUUUGUUUUGCCUAUCCUGUAAAUUAUUAUGUGUAAUUUACUCUUUACAACAUUAGGAAUUAUGAAAAGGGUUAGGAUCUGUAGGAGGAGGUGAUUUUGAUUUUUGGUCCUGCUCAAUUGAAGAAUAAGAGCAAUGAAGAUUAAUAUAAUUUUUAUACCAUUUUUGGAUAGAUUUUACUCUAAACAUUUUUUCCCCUCUUGUAAUCACACGGCAGAAUGCGAUUCAUGCAUUGUUGUCUUUUGGAACUUAAAUUUGUAAACGUUUAUUAGACA